AUGUCCGGACAGAGACAUAUAAAUCAAGCAAUGCGUGAUCUAGUAAGCUGCAUCACAAGCUUGUAUGAAAAGCAGGAGAAUCCGUCGAAAAGAAACAUGGUAGGGAAAGCGUCGCAGGUAUCCCCUAUUCAAAGUGAAAAAAAUGCACCGAAGAGACCACGCGAGAUAUUGGGAUAUUUGCCACCAACGAAGAAGCCCAAAAACAUGAGCCACAAAGUGCAAGCAACAUAUAGUGAAGUCACUAAACUCAUGCACAAAGACGGUUUGGGAGACAAGACCGCAGAAUCUCAAUGCUUUGCAAUAAUUGCUGAUGAAACCACGGAUGUUAGUGGCAUUGAGCAAUUUUCAAUUUGUAUACGGUAUGUUGAUCGUUUUGAGAAUGAGGAAAAACUGAGAGAGGACUUUUUAUGUUUUGUUCCUGUUGAGGAUACAACUGGCAGCGGUCUUGCGAAUGUGCUAAUUGAUAAAUUAAAAGAACUUAAACUUAGUUUUGCACACAUAAGGGGUCAAGGUUAUGACGGAGCGUGGUCGAUGAGUGGACAUGUCAAAGGUUGUGCUAGUGUCAUCCAAAAUUUAUAUUCAGCGGCUCUUUAUGUGCACUGUGCUAAUCACAGCUUAAAUUUAGCCAUCGCAACGACUUGCAAAAUACCUGCUAUAAGAAAUUGUAUUGGUUCCAUGAAAGAGACCGUAAAUCUUUUUCGGAUGUCAACUAAAGCAGGCACACUGCUCAAAAAUCUUAUUCUUGAAUCCUUUCCAAACUCAAAGCAAGUGAGGUUACUUAAAUUCUGCGAAACACGUUGGGUGGAGCAUUUAGAAUCUCUUUCUUUAUUUAACGAUUUAUUUCCAUUGAUCUGUACUGCGUUGGAAGAGCUUGAUAUUGAAAAUUUAAGAAGUGAUUUAUCAAAGCCACAUGCUUUGUUGACUGCAAUCCAAUCACCUCAAUUUGUGAUUGCUAUGGCGAUACUAAAGCCAAUUUUUGCAUUAUCAAAACACAUAAGCCUAUGUUUGCAGCAAAUAGAUUGUGAUUUGAGCAGCUGCGUUGCUUAUGCAAAUAAUUUGUAUGCUGAAAUUAGUGAAAUGCGUAAGGAUUCUGAACAAUCGUUUAAACUAAUUUUUGAAUCAGUUAAAACAAUAGCCGCAGAAUUAGAUUUAGAAAUCAAAAUUCCGCGUUUGGCGAAACGGCAAACUAAUCGCGACAAUUAUGAAGGCGAACCGGAAGAAUAUUACCGCAGAUCAAAUUACAUACCGUUUUUAGAUCAGUUUUUGGACCAAAUCAAUGAACGAUUUUUAAAACAUCGAGAGCUGCUUUCCAAAAUUGAAAACAUUUUGCCAAAUAAAUGCGUAAAUCUGGACGUUAUUGAGAUGCAGGAGACUGUUCGUGUUUUAGAAAAGCAAUGGUCCGCUGAUGUAGAAGAUCCCGAUGAUUUCGUUGCUGAAUUUAGAAUGUGGAAAAGGAACUGGUUAAAUCAAUCAAAGAGAUCCAAAAUUACAAUGGAUGUGGAUAUGCCAACUGUGCCAACGCCAACGGUAAGGUCAACCAUAACCGUGCCGCGCCCUGUGGCAACUGCAACGCCUCGAACUCCAGCGGCAACCGCCAAUGCUACCGCUCCUCGUAGUGGCACGCGACCACUACCACCGUCCUCAACACCCGUAGCAGAACCUCAGCGCAGCCGAUGUCCCCUAUGUCGGCGCCCAAACCGGCUACAACACGGUAGCGUUUUCCGCAGCAUGCAGCCCAUGCAACGGCAGAAGGUUGCUCAAGCUCUCGGGCACUGCCUGAACUGCUUGGCAACGGUACAUACUACACAGGAGUGCACAUCAGUGACCCUAUGCCAACUGUGCAAUAGGCCGCACCACACCAUGCUGCAUCGGACCCCAAAACGGCCUGUAGCGCGACAGCUUGCCACGAACCGGUCACAGCAGCCCAGUCGGCACCGAAAGCUAGUUGCUCCUCCAUCGUCCCGAGCAAGGCGAAAUGAGGCAUCCCCGCGGCGCCGGCAACAUCGUACAACAAAUCGUCGCUCCACUUGUCUUAGCAGCCUUGUUGCCACGCUGCAGCAAUUACAGCGACUGCUAGGCUAA